GUACCGGCGCUAUGCAUUGUGGGACACAGACUAAGAUGGAAGCGACCACCAGGAGCAUGUCGAAACCGCAAUAACAUAUAGUUUUAAGUGUUAGACCUCCACAUAACUCUGCAAUUUAUGCUUCGCUGUGACAAUAACAAAAUAUUUAGGUGGCACGACAUCGCAGCUAGACGUUGAAACUGAAAACAUGUCUGUACUGGGAGGGUUACUGAGAGCUGGAGUGUCCUUCUGUCAGUCUGCUGGGACUCUGCUCCACACAGCCAGGACCUUUUCUACUGGUACGUGCCGUCAGAUCAGGAUGCAUUCCAUUCCAGAGCUGAAGAAGGUGGACAGGUGGACUGAGAAGAGGAGCAUGUUCGGGGUUUAUGACAACAUAGGCAUCUUAGGGGACUUCAAAGCUCAUCCCAAAGACCUCAUCAUGGCGCCCUGCUGGGUGAAGGCUUUCAGAGGCAACGAACUGCAGCGUCUAAUAAGAAAGAAGAAGAUGGUGGGCGACAGAAUGAUGACUCUGGAGAGACACAACUUGGAGAAAAGGAUCCGUUAUCUCUACAAACGUUUCAACCGCUAUGGCAAAUUCCGCUAACGUUGAACAAACCAUACUGGCAAAUACAUGUGACCAGCCAAUAAGGACUGAUGGAAACUAGCUGUGUGUUUCAUGCUGUCAAAGUGCUGUAUGUCGCCAUUUUUUUUCAAAGUUAUCAUUUUCAUAUGAGGAGAAGCUUUGUGUGAUUCAGAGCAGUAUACUUCCUGUACUUCUGUAUGACCAACACAAAAUUUAAGAUAUAAAAGCCAAAAAAAGACUGGAAAAACAA